AUGAAGGCCUUAGUCGCGGACCGCUCUAUCGUGAGCCGUCUUUCAAAUUAUUCGUGCGGCCAUCCGUCUGGAGAUGGCGUCAAGAUACAAACAAUUCCCGUUCCCGAGAUUUUGGCCAACGAAAUUCUCGUUCGCGUACGAUCCGUCGCACUCAAUCCAACCGACUUCAAACAUAUCGAUAUUGUUUCUCCUCGAGGAGCUAUCAUUGGCUGCGAUUAUUCGGGAACAGUCGCCAGAGCAUUAUACAUGGAGGACUCUACGCCGACCGCGGUUCUUUUGGUAGAGUAUCUCAAGAUCCCUGGUGAUCUUGCCUGGAAAGUACCCUCAUCUGUAAGCGAUGAAGAAGCGGCUACAUUUGGAGUCUCCGCUGUCACCGCGAUGCUAGCCCUAAAUGCUCGUUUGGGCGUUCCUUGGCUAGACUCAGGCAAGAGUCAAGGACAAGAAGACACCCCGAUCUUCAUCUACUCGGGCUCCACAGCGGCUGGGCUUUACUCCAUUCAACUUGCAAAGCUCGCGGGACUGAAAGUUGUGACAACCGCAUCUCCAAAGUCUCAUGACCUGGUCAAGGAGUACGGUGCGGACGACGUGUUUGAUUAUCGGUCUCCAACCGCCGCCGAAGACAUCAUUCGAGCCUAUCCCAACAUCGACAGAGCCUUGGAUUGUUUUUCAGAGGGCACUUCGACGGAGUUCUGCGCCAAUGUGGUUCGCAGGAACCGAGGAUGGGUUGUGACAUUGUUGGAUUCCGGCAAAAAGGAUCUGGAUGGCGUGAGAGUCGAUUUCAUGUUGGCUUACUCGGUUUUCAAUGCCGAGUUCCAGUGGCUACCACCAGUGGGACCAAAGUUUCACAAAGUGCCAUCUGACAAUGACGCUUUGCGCCGAUUCUACGCGGCGUUGCCUGAGAUCGCACUGAAAUUGAAGACGCCUCCCUUGAAAAAUAUUGAUGGCGGGCUAGAGAACCUAACUACAGGUCUCGAUUUGCUUCGUCAAGGGAAGGUGUCGGGAACUAAGCUGGUUGCGACCGUUUUUUGA